AUGUCAGAAAAGCAUUCUUUUUACACAUCAGGUUUAUCUCUCUCUCUCUCUCCCUCGCUCUUUCGCUCUCUCUCUCUCUCCCUCGCUCUUUCGCUCUCUCUCUCUCGCUCUUUCGCUCUCUCUCUCUCUCUCCCUCGCUCUUUCGCUCUCUCUCUCUCUCUCCCUCCUCUCUUUUUCCUCGCUCUCUCUCUCUCCCUCGCUCUUCGCUCUCUCUCCUCUCUCUUUCUCUCUCUCUCUCUCCCCUCGCUCUUUCGCUCUCUCUCUCUCCCCUCGCUUUUCUUUCGCUCUCUCUCCCUCCUCUUUCUCUCCUUCUCCCCCUCGCUCUUUUUCUCUCUCUCCCCCGCUCUUUCGUUUUCUUCUCUUUCGCUUUUCGCUCUCUCUCUCCCCUCUUUUUCGCUCUUUUCUUUCUCUCUUUCUUUCUCUCUUUCACUCGCUUUCCUUCUUCUUUCUCUGCUUGAGCCUAGUUUAAACUUUGUCUAA